AUGGACCACAUUCCGGCAUGGAAGAGAAUCGCCAUCAAGAGCCAAAGUCCCGAGCAGACCCCAGAUGAAACUGCUCUGAACGUCACCACGCACUUGGCGACGGCGAACCUGAGCAAGCGCGAGAAGAGGAGAAUCAUCAGAGGUGAGCCGGAGGGCGGCAAGGCCAAGAAGGCGGCGAACCCCAACAAGAAGCAAAAGAAGGACAAGCUGCCCCGCGAGGAGAGGAACCUGCACAAGGAAGAGGUCCUGAAGGACCAGCUGCGAUACCUCAUCGACUUUUACCGGGAGAAGGUCGGCAAGCUCCCUGCAACGGUGUACGAGCACAAGCCCGUUCGCGCGCAGCUCGGCGACCCGCAGGUGGAGGACGCGGAGGAGGCCUCCGCUGACGCCGGGGUGGUCAGCGUGUGGAAGUUUUCCAAGCAGAAGCAGAACUGGCUUCUGAAGCACAUCUUGGACGACGUCCAGAUCCCUGCGUGCUACGAUGACCUGCUGUACUCGUACUUCAAGGACCUGAAGGGCGGCGCGCGGGCGGGCCUCGAACAGGCGUGCCGCGAGCUUCUGGACAGGAACGAGAAGGCCGUGGCCGCGGAAGCCGCGCGCGUCGAGGCCGCCGCCGACCAGGAGAAGGAGACAGCGGAGGAGGACCAGGACGCGAAGCCGCCUGCGGAAGCGACCCCCGCCACCGCCGAGACCAUGGUGCCCCCCUCGGCGCACCAAGUUGAGCGCGCGAAGAGCCUUAUCGCGCAUCUCGAGCAGGCCGCGAAGGACGAGCAGUCCUAG